AUGUGUUUCGUGGAUGUGUCUCUAAAAUGGGACGUCAAUGACAAUUCACCUCAUUUCGUUGGUGCUCAACCAAUUCGUCUAAGGCUCAGCGUUGACAACCUCGAUCAACUGACUGCAAACAUGGUCAUCAUAUUGAUCAUAAUUAUUUUCAGGCUAUUCACUGUCUCGAAUGAUGGCGUUGUGGCUAUCAACGGCGACUUCACCGCUGCCCAUUUCGGUGAGCACCGACUGUUUAUCGUGGCACGGGAUCAUGGAGAUCCUCCCAGGGAAUCAAAGGCCGAAGUGAUUGUGAGCAUCUUCGGCACUCUGAUCACCAUGGCCACUGAAUUGCCAACGAGUGAGACGUUUGAGUACACGAACUCAGCAGAAGAGGAGUCACCAACACAAACUGACUACUACUUCCAAUCCAUUACGACGGUUCCCUCCAACAUACACAGUGGGUUUGGCGAUUCUUUGUACGCGCUUGUGGACGCUAAGCUAUUCUGA